CAAAGAAGAGAAAAUCUCACAAGUCUGGAGAUGGAUCACGCACGCAUAAGAAGAAAGUUAAGGAUGUUGCUUACACAAAGGUUGAAGCAAUUUCUUCCCGGCAUAGCAUUGUUUCUCUAUCCAAUUUUCAAUUUUGGGUGCUCGAAGAUCCAGGCGCUGGAUCUUGUGCUUGUGCUUGUGCUUGUCCAUUCUCGCUUCCACGCUUACGAUCUCGGAGGUACAGCCAUAACGAAUAGAUGGGCCAAAUCAAGAGAGAAACCACAAUAAUGACAGCGAGAACUGGAAUUGAAAGGUGAAACGCCAUGGCUCGACCUGUUAAUUUUCAUUCAUUCACAAUUGAGAGGAAUAAGAAUGAGAUUAUACU